CGGUGAUCAGUCGUUGCCGCGCGCUCACCGAGUGUACGUCGGUGUUUCACGCGCUACGUAUCGAGGCCCCGCGUUCGUUCGCAUCGUCUAAUCGAAUGAGCGUACGUACGUCGCGUUUGACGAUCGGUAGAGGAGAAGAGGAGAGAAGCUCGAUUUCUACUACGAUGACGUUGGUGUACCUUAAAGAUCGUUCAUCCCGCGUGUGAUCGAGAGGGAGCGAGAGAAAGAAUUACGAGAGGGGAGAAUUAAGAGAGAGAGAAAGAGAGAAAAAGGAUCGGCGAAUAAAUAAAUAAAGCGAAGGUAUUAGCACGGAAGAUGCCAAGGUGAUCCUGUUUGCCGCCUCGACAAGCUACUCUUUGACAUCUUGUUAUCCGGAGGUUGUGUGGAGGUUGUUCUCCGCCCAGUAAAUCGGUUAAUCGGGAUAUAAUAGGAAUAAUUGACGUGUGAUAACGGAGCGUGGCGACCGCGUGAAAAGAAAGAAAAAGUGGUGGACCCUUUUCGUCAUCCACGUUGCGUUUCACGCAUACUGGCGCGUUGUUCUCGCCGUACGGUGGAAUCGUUCACGAUUGUGCCGCGAUCAUGCACCACACGGCGCCCUGGUAUCUACCCUGGGGCCUGAAGCUGGUGCCACUGCCUAUACCGCCUGGACACCCCGCUUCCGGCAUCCCCAAUCCCGGAUUGCACCUGCUUGCACCUCUGCCGGGGAUCUACGCCCCUGAACCGCGAAAGGUCGAUCUGAAGCCCCUGCGGGAGGCGACGAUCGCCGUCCCGACGCCCAAGAUCUCCGAGAAGCGGAAGGCGGAGGAAGCCGACGCAAGCAAGGACUUGAAAAAGGCGAAGCUAGAGACGAAAGCGUUGAAAGCGAAGAGGCCAGGAUUCACGGACGAGCGGUACAACGAGACGAGCUAUUACGUGGAGAAUGGGUUGAGGAAAGUGUACCCCUAUUACUUCACCUUCACCACGUUCACGAAAGGGAGAUGGGUGGGGGAGAAGAUCCUCGAGGUGUUCGCGAGAGAGUUUCGAGCGCAUCCGGCCGAGGAGUACGAGCGUUGCAUCCGUGCCGGUACCUUGACCGUCAACUAUCAGAAGGUGGACGUGGACUACAGGCUGCGGCACAACGAUCUGUUGGCCAACGUCGUUCACAGACACGAGGUGCCUGUCACCUCGGAGCCGAUCACGGUGAUACACAUGGACGAGGACGUCGUCGUGGUCAACAAGCCCGCCUCCAUCCCUGUGCACCCGUGCGGACGAUACCGGCACAACACGGUCGUCUUCAUUCUCGCCAAGGAGUACAACCUGAAGAACCUGAGGACGAUACACAGGCUCGACAGACUGACCAGCGGUAUUCUCCUUUUCGGUAGAACGCCGAAGAAGGCGAGGCAGAUGGAGCACCAAAUAAGAAACAGACAGGUUCACAAGCAGUACGUGUGUCGAGUGGAAGGUGAGUUCCCCGAGGAAGAGGUGGUUUGCUCGGAGCCGAUCGAGGUGGUGUCUUACAAGAUCGGCGUGUGCAAGGUCUCGGAGAAGGGGAAGGACUGCGUGACGCGUUUCAAGCGGCUCAGCUACAACGGCAAGUCGUCGGUGGUCCUUUGCAAGCCUCAGACCGGCAGGAUGCACCAGAUCCGCGUCCACCUUCAGUACCUCGGUUACCCGGUGGUGAACGAUCCUCUCUACAACCACGUGGUGUUCGGGCCGGAGAAGGGGAAGGGUGGGAACAUCGGGAAGACGGAUCAGGAGUUGGUCAGGGAUCUGAUCAGCAUCCACAACGCGGAGAAUUGGCUAGGGAUGGACGGGGACUCGGAGAUGAGUCUGUUCAAGCCGAAGCUGGACAUGGAGGAUCGAGUCUCGUUGAACAACGACAAGGAUGGCUCGUCGCCCUCCUCGACGCCCGGCCUGGCCGAGGAGGAGCAGCAGCAGCAGCAGCAGCAGCAGCAGCAGCAGCAGCAACAGCAGCAGCAACAGCAGCAGCAACAGGAGCAAUCGUUGAAGGUGACGGUCGGCACGCAGACGGGAUCUGAGCCGCCCGACUCCAGUUUCACGAACGACAAGAUGACAGUAGAUCCGCACUGCUACGAGUGCAAAGUGAAGUACAGAGACCCGAAACCAUCCGACCUGGUCAUGUAUCUGCACGCGUGGCGCUAUUGCGGCCCAGGCUGGGAGUACGAGACGCCGCUACCCGCCUGGGCGGCCAGCGACUGGACCGAGGAGGAACGAUAGUCGAGGUCCGCCGAGAGCAUCGAGACGAGCCGUCAUCACCCUUCGACGCCCCUUUUUGAUAUCCUUACCCCGUGCCUUCCAUCCGCCAUCGAGCGAUCUCGACCAUCGUACAUGUACCCAUCCCUGUGACCAGGUGGUCGCUGGACUCGCGAAUAAAUUCAGGAGACCUAGACGUUGGUCCUCUCCUUCGGGAGUGGUCCGUGGUCACGCCUGGUCUGCGCAGACAUUCGAGGCUGUUUGAAUAUAUAUAUAUG